AUGCGGAGGCUACGUUGUGGUAGCCAGGAGUCGUUGCUGAGCGCUGGCUGCGUGUCGUCUCUGGAGCUCAGAAUGGACCAGUCAGUGGUCAUCAAACCCGUUCACUCGUCCCUGCUCGGACAGGACUACUGCUUUGAGGUGACAACCUCAACAGGCACCAAGUGCUUCUCGUGCCGCUCAGCAGCAGAACGAGACAAAUGGAUGGAGAACCUGCGGCGAGCCGUCCACCCCAACAAGGAUAACAGCCGGCGGCUGGAGAACAUGCUGACCGUGUGGGUGAUCGAAGCCAAAGACCUGCCCGCCAAGAAACGGUACUUCUGUGAGCUGUGUCUGGAUGACAGUCUGUAUGCUCGGACGUCCUGCAAGCUGAAGACGGACAACAUCUUCUGGGGUGAGCGGUUUGACUUCAGCAGCCUGCCGUCCAUUGCCUCCAUCACGCUGCACCUCUACAAAGACACAGACAGGAAGAGGAAGAAGGACAAGAGUAGCUACGUUGGCCUGAUCAACAUCCCCGUCGCCGCGGUGACAGGCCGACAGCUGGUGGAGAAGUGGUACACACUGAGCACGCCCAGUACAAUCCGAGGGAAGUCAUCUGUUCCAACAAUUCGGGUCAAAGCACGGUACCAGAGUAUCGUCAUCCUGCCCAUGGAGCAGUACAAAGAGUUCGCCGAAUACAUUAGCGCCAACUACCUGCUGCUCUGCUCCACCCUGGAGGCCUCCAUCAGCCUGAGAGCCAAGGAGGAGCUGGCUGCUGCUCUCGUUCACAUCCUUCACAGCACUGGCAAGGCCAAGGACUUCCUGACGGAUCUGAUGAUGUCAGAGGUGGAUCGUUGCCGUGACAACGACCAGCUGAUCUUCAGAGAGAACACACUGGCGACGAAAAGUAUCGAGGAAUACCUGAAGCUGAUUGGACAGAAGUACCUGCAGGACGCGCUCGGUGAGUUCAUCAAAGCUCUGUACGAGUCUGAUGAGAACUGUGAGGUGGACCCGUCUCGCUGCGCGCCCUCUGACCUCGCCGAGCAUCAGGCCAACCUGAGGAUGUGCUGCGAGUUGGCUUUCUGCAAGAUCUUGGACUCCUACAGGGUGUUCCCACGGGAGCUUAAGGAGGUGUUUGCAUCUUGGCGUCAGGAGUGCAGUAACCGGGGGCGACCAGACAUCAGCGAGCGGCUCAUCAGUGCUUCUCUGUUCCUGCGCUUCCUGUGCCCAGCUGUGAUGUCACCGUCACUGUUUGACUUAAUGCAGGAAUACCCCGACGAGCGCACGGCCAGAACGCUGACCCUGAUCGCCAAAGUCAUCCAGAAUCUGGCUAACUUCAGCAAGUUCGGCACUAAAGAGGAGUACAUGCUGUUUAUGAACGACUUUGUGGAGCGGCAGUGGAGCAGCAUGCAGCGUUUCCUGCAGGAGAUCUCCAACCCUGACGGACUGAACCACACCGCCGGCUUCGAUGGGUACAUCGACCUUGGGAGAGAGCUGAGCAGUCUGCACACUCUGCUGACUGAGCUCGACCAGUCCUGCCUGUCAAAGCUUGGUCCUCUUCCUCGGAUCCUCAGAGAUGUGUCCACGGCUCUUGCACAUCCAGGGGGCAUGGUCGGUGCUGGGGGUGUCUCAGUUUCGUCCCCAGAACCUCAGCGUGUGGUGUCUCCGCCCCCUCUGUCUCCGCCCCCUCUGUCUCCGCCCCUUUCUCCUCCUAUGGCUGCCUGUAAUCCCUCUGUUGGCCUGCAGGGCGGCGUGGGACUGGACGGAGGUUGUGUAGACUUCACCAGACUUCCGUCUCCGACCCCAGAGAACAAGGAUCUGUUCUUUGUCACUAAAGGAUCCAGCCUGCAGCCUGCAUCAGGUAUGAGGGGGUCCCCGGCACCGAGCUCGUCAUACUCGGAGCCCAAUGAGCACGAAGCGGCGUUUGAAAUGACCAACGGGGGUCGGAAGGAGGGGCCAGAGCUGACCAAUGAGAGCCGCAGUCUCUCUCUGGUGGAUCUGCAGGACUCCUCCCCCAGUGACGGCCUCGACGAUGGUCAGUGGCAGCGCAGGACGGGGCUCCUCCCCCUCUCCUUUCAAAACCCCGUCUAUCACAUGACCACCACGUCGCCCCGGCAACCGCAGCAGCAGACAGAUGCUACGCCUUCCGACGGCUCAGUGGGUUCACAAGGAAACACAGAGGACAGGGGCGCCGUGGCGGGCAAGCCGGCAUUUCUUACCCAGAUGUCUGUGGGUAUGGGAGGGGGGGAGAGGAUGUCGGCCAUGUCGAGCAGCAGCAGCGGUGAAGAAUAUUCUCGACGAGCACUGUCUCUCACUGAUACGCUCUCAGGAAGCUCCGCCCCCCUGCGCCAGAACUCCUCUGGUCCUCAGAGACGUAUCGAUCAGCCUCCUCCACCCUCCUCAGCUCCUCCGUGCCCACCUCGAGGUCGCACCCCUCCUAGCAUGCUCAGUGGUGGAGGCCCCGCCUACCCACCACGCCCCGCCUCCGGAAGCAUAAUGUCAUCAAGCCCAGAUUGGCCGAGCGGCGGACCGUCACGACUCAGGCAGAUGUCAUCAUCGUCUAAAGGAGAAAGUCCUGAGAAGCAGCGGCCUGCUGCCAAGGCCCCGUCUCCCUGCGCGUUGGAUCGAACUGCAGCCUGGCUGCUCAACAUGAAUUCUGCAUCCUCUUACGGUGAAACGGAGGAUGAUCGUCAUGACGAUGCCUUGGUGGAAAAGGUUGAUGGCGGUGGAGGAGGAGUUGAAGAAGGAUCAUUCUGACAUGCAGGCGGUGGUGGACUCCAAGCAGAAGAUCAUAGAGACUCAGGAGAAGAGGAUUGCGAGCCUGGAUGCAGCAAACACUCGUCUGAUGGCGGCGCUGACUCAGCUGAAGGAGCGUUACGGCGUGACGUCACAGAGAAACGGCCUGUCUCCGAGCAACACAUCGUCCCUUCAGAUCACAGAGAACGGAGAGUUCCGUAACUCUGGAAACUGCUGAGGAGCUGUUACCUGGGUGGAUGGGCGGGGCUUAACCCCACCCUUCAGAGGCAGCUGGGAGAACAUACGGACUGAUUUCAAAACAAGAGAAAAAUGAAUGAAUCAGUGCUGGCGUCGUUUCUACAGACUGUUGCUAGGUUACCCCUCACUUCCUGUUUAUGUUUGCAUGUUCCUCUUUGGACGUUUGACAAAAACAUUCUUUCCUGUUUGAAUUUGGAACCUCCUGUAAAAACCUCUACAACCAACUCCAAAACUUUUCGUUGACACACCUGCACAUGACAGGUUGACCGACACCUCCACACCCACAGGUACGAUUCUGAAGGUUCAUCCGUUCAGUGCCGGCAUCAUGUCAUGGUAAUUUAUGGCUUUUACAAGACAUUUAACCCAAACGUCCCAGAAACCACCCCGGUUUAAUCCUGUCACGAACUGGAAACUGCUGGAACACCAGAGUCCCUGUCCACCAAUGUCCCUGUCCACAGUGAAGACAGUUUUACGUCCCUGUGGACCGAGAGGACCAAGAAAGAAGGUCCAAAACCUUUGAGCUGGACUGAAACCUGCAGCUGUCCACAUGGACAAGACAAAUGUGUUUUGGAGAAAAGUUUGACGUUCAGACGAGACAAAGACUGAACUGUUUGGACACAAAGACUAGAAGGACGUUCAGAGGAGUCAAGGUGGGGCUUUCAGACCUGAGGACACUGAACAGGCAUGGUGGUGGGAGCAUCAUGCUGUGGUCCAAAGUGUAUGGAAUGAUGGACUACCUUCAGACAUGCAGCUAGAUCUGUCCAAUCCUGCGUGUUUUAGUUGUUUCCCUGUUCCAGCGCACCUGGAUCAGCAGGUGAAUGACCUCAAGUUCUACAGCAACAUUCAAACUCAAACCAGGUGAGCCGAAGAACACGACCAUCUAAAACACGCAGCAUGGUGGCCCUGGAGGACCAGGACUAGACUGGACUGAAGAUAGACGGUGGGAUCUUGGACACAGGUGGGUGGUCCAACAGGAGCUGUUGGACCACCCACCAAGGACUAUGUCCGAAGGA